AUGCGCAAGCAACUCCUUGGUCUCUUCUGCCUUCUGGCCGGCGCCGCCUCCAUCCCGCUCAACACCACUUCACCAAUCCUCAAGGCCGCCCUCGUUCGUGCUCCUCCAGCCAUCUGGUCCGAGCCCAUCCUCAGCCGAGACUACCAUGGCGUGGAUAUCAACGCCACGACCACCCUGGGCGUGAGCUACAUCGAGCGCGCCGCAAGUGAAGGCGCCAACUUCGUUGCUUUUCCUGAGCUCUGGUUCCCGGGCUACCCCCGCGGCAACGACGCAGCAUGGAUCAAAAAGUGGGCAAAACAAUACGUCGCCAACUCCAUCACCCACGGUGACGGCAAUUGGAACAGACUUGUUGCAGCUGCAAAACGCAACGCCGUCUAUGUUGCCCUGGCGUACUCCGAGCGUGAAGGCGACUAUAUCUACAUGGCGCAAACACUCAUCAACCCUGCAGGCGAGGUGCUGAUCCACAGACACAAGUUGCGUCCGUCAGGUGGAGAACGGGAUAUCUGGAGCGAUGGGACAGUCGAUGGGUUGACAGUUGUGGAUACACCGUUUGGAAGGAUCGGGUUGCUGGAGUGUUGGGAACACUUCCACCCGUCAAUGACCUUUCCCAUGCAAGCACAGGCCGAAGCGAUUCAUAUCGGCGCCUUCCCGUACAUGCCUGACUAUGGGGUAGUUGGGGCUGAGGCGUGGGAAGCAGCAGAGGUGAAUAUGGCUGCGGCGUCUGUGUACGCUACGAACAGUGGCGCAUAUACCCUCAUUCCUGUCGUUGGGCGCGCUGCGGCAUUCUACCCAUCUGGACUGGAAAUGGCACACAUCUCGGCGAACGCGUCGUAUGUAGAGCAUCCGUACCUGCUAGUCUCUGUGAACACUACUGGCUUUACCAGGAAGCCGGCAUAUGAUGUUGAUGGGGAGCAGUCGUGGGGUGUAUUGGAGCAGAUCAGAGAUGGGUGGCCGGAGGGUGUGCCAAAGAUAAAAGGGGAGUUCACCGACAGAGUCUUGAAUUCUGUUUAUGAUUUUUAG